AUGCUAUCGGUAUUAACUGCCCAGAUCCUGGUUCCGUUAAGGGACAUGUUCUUCUCCCCAAAUAACUCCACUCAGUUAACAAAUUACAGUGUUGCAUUGUUUGAACUUCAGCGUGUAAGUGUUAUUCAAUGUGCAGCUCUCUGUUUUUGCAACAAUUGUUGUAAGGAAUUCAUAUAUAACUCCAAGAGUCGUCAGUGUAUUGGACUUCAUUUUCCAUACUUUGAUAGCAGUUCGAAUUUAAUGACUAUUCCAAUAUAUGAAGAACAUGUGACAUAUAAAAAAGGAUGCGAGAAUGACUGGCUAGAGUUCGGCGGUCAUUGUUAUCUUCUACUUGAAACAAAAUCCACCUGGGCUGAAGCACGGUUGAAAUGUCGGAAAAUGUGUUCAUACUUGGUGGAAAUGGAGAGUGCUGUCGAAGCUGAAUGGAUCGCUAAAACAUUUAUUGAUAAAGCAAACUGUGGCUCUAAUCCGUUUGUUUGUACAGCAUGGACGGGUUUGAAUGACCUACUUAUUGAAGGCCAAUAUAGGUGGGACCAUUUGAACACAUCCCUGAGUUUCACUAACUGGCAUCCCGAAGAACCAAGUUUAGUGUUCCCAAGCCAUGCAGCAGAAAGGGACUGUAUCGAUAUGUUGAGUAAUGGUCUGUGGAAUGACCGACCAUGCUCUUAUCUUAAUUCGGUAAUAUGUGAAAAAGCCUUCAAGAACUGA